AUGGCCGCGAUUUACAGCCUCUACAUCAUCAACAAAUCCGGCGGUCUCAUUUUCUACAAGGAUUAUGGCUCUGCGGGAAGGAUGGACACCAACGAUACCUUGAGGUUAGCGAGUUUGUGGCAUUCUAUGCACGCAAUUUCUCAGCAGUUAUCGCCGAUCUCGGGGUGUUCCGGGAUCGAACUCCUCGAAGCCGACACUUUUGAUCUCCACUGCUUCCAGUCUCUUACUGGUACAUGUCCGAUCAUAAAGCAUUGA